UCAGGUUCACAGGAUAACAUCAACGCAGCUCACAGACAGGUUUAACACAGGUCUGAAGUGCGCUAAGACGAAGACACCUGGAGUAUUGUUUAACCAUCAGAUGGCUCUUUGUACUGUAACAAAACUUCAGACUGCUACUCUUGGGUGUGUGUUGGUGUGUGUUCUUUCAUAUCUGUAUUUAAAUGGAAUUGUUGGAGGUCCUGAAGCCAACCCACUUCCCUCACAACAUACAAAGAGGUUGCUAGCCAGGAAUCAACUUCCCUCAAAGACGGCAUGCACCUGUUCUCCAGGUUCAGCGCAACUCAAAGACUUCUUGCCUCCAGAUUCAGAGGAGCUGUUAAAACGCAGAGCAAAGGAGUUGCAACAACACAAAGCCAGGACUGAGUCUGUGUUAUCCACACGGCUGUAUGCUCCGUCUAACUCUCCCCUGCAGUACCCUAUCCAGGGUUUCAAAGUACGACCUAUGACCCCCACCUUCAUCCCAGGUCUAGCAGUGCAUGCAGAACAAAGAAGCAACUACACGGUCUCCUUGGAAGUGUCGGAAGGAGUCCUGAGAACAACUAUUCCAGCUAAAGGAGUGCAGGUAAAAGUGACAGGUAAUGGUGAGAGCCGACUGAUGGUGGAGUCCAGCAGCCUGGAGGCCCUCAAUGAGCUGCUGGCUGAUGUGUCCUAUAACAGCACUAUUUACCACAUACACACCGGAGACCUCGCAUCCUUCCAGUUUGAGGACCAUGAAGCUGUGUUUCCCAUUACCAUCAAACAGCCUCAACCUCCAGUCCUGUACGACAUGGGAAAAGAUAUCAACUCUCAAGUCACCAUCAUCACAAAGACGUUCCUGCGCUACCCAGAACUCAAUGUGUUGUUGAAAACCAUCAGAGAAUUCUACAAAGACAUUGAAAUCAUCAUUGCAGAUGACAGCAUGGAACCAGAGAAAAUUACAGGACCUCACAUCCAGCAUUUCAUCAUGCCUCCAGCUAAGGGCUGGUUUGCUGGCAGGAACCUGGCGGUCUCCCAGGUCACCACCAAGUACUUCCUGUGGGUGGACGAUGACUUCCUGUUUACCAAGUUGACCAAAAUCGAAGAGCUGGUGAAGGUGAUGGAGGCGGUCCCAGAACUGGACGUGCUUGGCGGUAAAGUACAAGGAGACCAGUUUUAUUUCUCUCUCAUCUAUGAGGAAGGAGACGAAGUGGAAGGUGGCUGCAUGUACAGGAAGUCCAGAGGGAGGUACCGCUCUCUUCCUGGUUACCCAGAAUGCUCAUUGGUCAGUGGGGUGGUCAACUUCUUCCUGGCUCGUACAGAUGCCGUACAGAGGGUGGGAUUCGACCCUCAGCUCAAGAGGGUAGCACACUCAGAGUUCUUUAUGGAUGGCCUGGGCUCCUUGAUGGUGGCAACAUGUGGCCAUGUGUCUGUUUCCCAUCAGGCCAGACUUAAACACAAGGACACCAAGCUCUACCAAGAGUUCAGAUACCCUCCAAAGAGUGAUGUGACCUCAAAGCUGCAGCUUCACUUCUUCAAAAAUCACCUGAAGUGUAUAAAAUAUGGAUAAUGUAUUAAAGUAACCUAUAUGUUAAUUUUUGAUUCAAGAUUCAAAGAUGUAUUGUCAUAUACACUACUACGGUGAAGAUAUGCAAUGAAUGAAACACUUAGGUCAAAGGUUCCUCAACAGUGUAAUUAAAAGAUAUCCAAUUCUUCUUCUUUUUUAAAUAAAUAAAGCUCAGGAGUUUGUAUUUAUCAUUAAUGAUGGUCAUAUUAUGUAUUGUGCUUUUUUACAUUGUGUUAAGUAGCCUACUGUCACUGUGUUAAACUGCACUAUAUAGUAUUGGACAAAAGCUCUCAUGUUAUCUUACAAUAUAACAAGGUAAGGGAAAUGAUAAGAAAGUAAACCAAUGUUGUUUGAUACGUUGUUGAACCACAAGUGGGGUAUUUACUGACCUACUGCCAGUGACGUGUG